UUCGUUUCAAACAGUUGCAUCUCCCAAGGUACCCAACGCACAAUAUUUACAAGCACGGACCUUAUUAUACAUUCAAGAACACAUAGUGGAGAGAAACCUUUUAAGUGUUUCCAUUGUGAUAAUGGGUUAUCUCACAAGUCCCAGCUUACUAGCCACCUUAGAAGACAUACAGGAGAGAAACCUUUCAAGUGUUCCCAGUGUGAUAAGGGUUUUUCUCAAAAAAGUAACCUUAUUACACAUUCAAGAACACACAGUGGAGAGAAAUAUUUUAAGUGUUCCCAGUGUGAUAAGGGUUUUUCUCAAAGAAGUAACCUUAUUAGACAUUCAAAAACACACAGUGGAGAGCAAUCUUUUAAGUGUUCCCAGUGUGAUAAGGGAUUUUCUCAAAAGUCCCAGGUUACUAGCCACCUUACAAGACAUAAAGGAGUGAAACCUUUUAAGUGUUCCCAUUAUGAUAAGGGGUUUUCUCAAAAGUCCCAGCUUACUAGCCACCUUAGAAGACAUACAGGAGAGAAACCCUUCAAGUGUUCCCCGUGUGACAAGGGUUUUUCUCAAAAAAGGAACCUUAUUACACAUUCAAGAACACACAGUGGAGAGAAACCUUUUAAGUGUUCCCAUUGUGAUAAGGGGUUUUCUCAAAAGUCCCAGCUUACUAGCCACCUUACAAGACAUACAGGAGAGAAUCCUUUUAAGUGUUCCCAGUGUGAUAAGGGUUUUUCUAAAAAAAGUAACCUUAUUACACAUUCAAGAACACACAGUGGAGAGAAACCUUUUAAGUGUUCCCAGUGUGAUAAGGGUUUUUCUCAAAAGUCCAAGCUUACUAGCCACCUUAGAAGACAUACAGGAGAGAAACAUUUUAAGUGUUCCCAUUGUGAUAAGGGGUUUUCUCAAAAGUCCAAGCUUACUAUCCACCUUAGAAGACAUACAGGAGAGAAACCUUUUAAGUGUUCCCAGUGUGAUAAGGGUUUUUCUCAAAGAAAUAACCUUAUUACACAUUCAAGAACACACAGUGGAGAGCAACCUUUUAAGUGUUCCCAUUGUGAUAAGAGGUUUUCUCAAAAGUCCCAGCUUACUAGCCAGCAUAGAAGACAUACAGGAGAGAAACCUUUUAAGUGUUCCCAGUGUGAUAAGGGUUUUUCUCAAAGAAAUAACCAUAUUACACAUUCAAGAACACACAGUGGAGAGCAACCUUUUAAGUGUUCCCAUUGUGAUAAGGGGUUUUCUAAAAAGUCCCAGCUUACUAUCCACCUUAGAAGACAUACAGGAGAGAAACCUUUUAAGUGUUCCCAUUGUGAUAAGGGGUUUUCUCAAAAGUCCAAGCUUACUAUCCACCUUAGAAGACAUACAGGAGAGAAACCUUUUAAGUGUUCCUAGUGUGAUAAGGGUUUUUCUCAAAGAAAUAACCUUAUUACACAUUCAAGAACACACAGUGGAGAGCAACCUUUUAAGUGUUCCCAUUGUGAU